UCUUGGUUAAUCGGUUAGAUUAACGGGGAAUUUCUCCUUCCGCGACACCUCUUUCGUUUCUCUCUUCCCCAGCAUUCCGCGCUUCGUAAUUAGGGAUUUUCUCUUCCUUUUUUUUCCUCUGAAUUUCUUUUAACCCUAAUUUUCGUGAAAAAUCUCUGAAUAUACCGGCGAUAAUUUGAAGAAUAAACCACCGGCAACAAUGGCGGAGCACUUGGCAUCGAUUUUCGGCACAGAGAAAGACCGUGUGAACUGCCCUUUUUACUUCAAGAUCGGCGCCUGCCGCCAUGGAGAUCGCUGCUCUCGACUCCAUAACCGCCCCACUAUCUCUCCUACUCUCCUUCUCUCGAACAUGUACCAGCGCCCCGACAUGAUUACUCCUGGAGUAGACGCGCAAGGUCAGCCAAUUUCCGCCGAAACUCUGCAAUCUCACUUUGAGGAUUUCUUUGAAGACAUUUUUGAAGAGCUCGGCAAAUUCGGCGAAAUCGAAACCCUAAAUGUAUGUGAUAACCUCGCUGACCACAUGAUUGGGAAUGUCUAUGUCCAAUUCCGUGAAGAGGAUCAGGCAGCUGCUGCGUUGGGAGCUUUACAAGGGAGGUUUUACUCUGGGAGGCCGAUUAUCGCUGAUUUUUCUCCGGUGACUGAUUUUCGGGAGGCAACUUGCCGGCAAUUUGAGGAGGAGAGCUGUAAUCGAGGUGGUUAUUGUAAUUUUAUGCAUGUUAAGAUGAUAGGGAGGGAGCUGAGGAGGAAGUUGUUUGGGAGGUUUCAUAACUCUAGGCGUCCAAUGAGGAGUAAGAGCCGGAGCAGAAGUAGAAGUCCAAGGCCGCUGAGGAGAGAAAGGGAAAGGGAAAGGGAAAGGGAUUAUGAGCCGCGGGGUCGUGAUAGGAGGCAUGAGGAUGGAGGAGGGAGAGGUGGGAGGAGGAGGAGCAGGAGCCCUCCGUCCGCAAGAGAAGGUAGUGAGGAGAGGAGGGCGAGAAUUGAGCAAUGGAAUCGUGAGCGCGAGGGGAAGAUGUGAUUAUUGGUUUAUUUUGCUCAUUUUGCUUGAUUGAUUAUGAAAAUUAAGUUGAUUUUGAAGAAAUUAGUGUAGUGUUAGAUAUCGUUCAGUUGGACAUGAGGUCAUUCAGCUGCUGUCGUCUGACAACUAAACCAUUGGCUACUGGACCGCUUGGCAUGGAGCAUCAUAUUAUUCCCUUCUUGGUGGAGCUUAUUAUUGCAAUCAUCUUGAGAGGAUAAAGGAUCUUCUAUUAUACUGAAUUGUCAAGUUUACACAUUUUGAAACAGAGAGGCAGUAUUGGUGUAAUGGUUUAAAAGUGAGGCUUAAACAAUAUAAAUCUGCAUCAUUGAUUGGGCUAGAUGUUACAUCCAAAAUGUUGAACUAUGCAUGCGACAUCACCUGCUGGUUCAAUGUUGAUUAUUCAUCUUGCCAAAACGGGCGCAGGUUGAGGACAGUUUUGUCAUUUAAGUUGUUACAAAAAGUAAUGGAAAUUUAGUGAAUAUGUCUAAGUUUUAGGAGCCAUGCCAUUAUCGGUUGCAUGAAUUGCUUUACACGGUGUAUCCGAGCCUGCUUGGAGCGAGCCUCCCAUAGAGGCAGGUGAAGUUGGUGAGCAGUAUGAUGGGAAACUACCUCCUGCGGUUCGUAGAGGACGCAGUUGUUAGUUUGUACCCUCUUGGUUUCUGAGUGGACCCUUUCGCUCUGUUUUAUUAUGUACGUGAAAAUAAUGAUUUUUGAUACACCUCAGGCAUUUUGUAGUUCAAUAAUUGGAAUAUUGGAAUCUGCGAAGUAUUUGGGAAGGACUGGCAAACAACAUUAAGUAGUUUAUGGUUACGCUUUUUAAGGUUUGAAGGAGAAACACUAGCCCCUUGACUUAGAUUCCAUGGAUGAUGAAGCAAUUUUUCAGUUGGUCAGAGAUUGAUCGCACAAGCUUCAAAAUCUUGGACAACAGUAAAAAUUCAAGGUCAGGGUGUCAGCUUCAAAAUCUUGAACAAGUCUAGUUGCGAUAUCCUAGCAGAUUAUUCUCUCCCAUGCUUUAGAUAAGAUUAUAGAGGUGUCAUCUACUUUCUGGGAAGAGCGCCGUUUGAAGUUAUGAUGGGGAUAUUGAGAGGAUGAAGGUUCAGUUUCUAUGGGGAACUUCUUCUAGGGUUUGGUCCUACAGAACGAUCUUCUUUUGUUGAAAAUCGUGAACCUGCCAGGCUGUCAUUACCACUUGGACCACACUUCAUUAAAAAAUGGUUCCUAAUUUCUUUUCUUAAUGAGCUUACUAUCAUUUAAGCAUUAGAAGUUCCUAUAGCAACGCCAUCUAAAUCAAUACUUUUAACAGCUAUUCAAUUAGGUCUUGGAGAGUUCUUAUCCAAUGUUAAUUUGUUCUAUAUCUCAUCUCAUCCUACCCAAAGUUUGGACUUCAUGCAUUCUAUUUAUUUGAUACGGAAUAGACUGAAUAAUGUCUUUAUCGUUUAGGAUAGCUGUAAUUUUUGCCCCUUUCGGUUUUUUCUAUUUUUACAGUAACUCUUCAAAUCUUUCUGUUGAGCUCUAUCAAGCCCUCGUCAAGAUUGCGCACCCCCAUUCUUUGAUCCUUGGGGCCCGUGAUCCUAAUUGAAAGACGCCUCACAGAGAUUGGAUGAUGCUGUUGAGCAUGAAUAAACAAUUCACAGUUUAAUCCUCUGGGUACGUCUGAAGUCAUAAAGUAGCUCAUUAAUUCUAUCAUUCUAUGUAGUUUUUUCUUCUUCUUAAUUUUGAGGAAAGUUAAUUUUAGAUAGUUAAGAACAACCCUUGAUGCUGCUCUUGUAUUUGGUAUUUGAGGUUUGAGCCUACAAUUGCUGUAUAUGCUGGGAGCAUAUUGUUUAUUGUCUCUUUAAGGUGGUUCAAGUUACUAUAAUAACUCAUCCUAUGGGUUCAGGGGUUUUAGACCUUAUUGCCUUCUUGACUUCUGAAGUUCUGAUUUGCUCAUUUGAGCAAAAACGUUUCGUGCCUAUCCAUGCUGUUAACAUUCCUUGUGGUCCUGUGGAGGCCUCUUGAAGCCUUUUCCCCUUAACUGAUACUCCCAGAAUGUAGAUUAUGAUCACAGUUUGUGUGCCCAUCGUCAGUCAUCUGGUGAAUAUCCGUUUCAUCCUUUAUUUUUUUAACUUAGAUUCAACUUAUGCAUGCCUUUUCUUUGGGAUUUAAAUAGGUUUGUAUUAGUUACAAAAGUUAAAACAUUGCAGUCCAGUUACUCCAGACCUUUAAAUAGGUUUGUAUUAGGAACUGCUGUUUCAUUGUGUAUGGCCUGUUCUUCCGAACUUUAUUUGGCUGAACUGAACUGAACUUAAUGGAGCUGAACUGAACGGAAUGGAGCUGAACUAAACUGAACUGAAUGGAGCUGAACCGAAUUGAACUGAACUGAACUGAAUGGAACUGAAUGAAUAGUAAAUAGUAAAUAGUAAAUAAUAAAUAGUAAAAAAUAAAUAAUGAAUAAUGAAUAAUAAAAUUAUAAAAUAAUAAAUUAUAAAAUUAUAAAAUAAUUAAUAAUAAAUAAUAAAUAAUAAAUAUAACGUUAAUAUUUAUAACAAUACUCUAAAUAAUAAAUACUAACUACAAUAAUCAUAAUUAUUUAUUAAUAACAAUAAUUACAUAUAAUAUUAAUAUAAUAAUAGUAAUAUUUAAGUAAUAAUAACGAUAAAAAUAAUAAUUAUAUAUAUAAGUAAUAAAUGUCAAUUUUAAUUGCAAUAUCAAGAAUAAAAAUAAUUACAAAGAAAGAUGAAUCCGUUCUUUUGAACUUAAUGGAGCUGAACUGAACUGAGCUGAACUGAACUGAACUGAAUGGAACUGAACUUAAUGGAGCUGAACUGAACUGAACUGAAUGGAACUGCAAAAAAGUCCAAAAGAACAGGCUUCCUGACCUUUUCGGAUGUCCAAUUGUGUUUAAAUAGCAUCUGUCUAGAAUGAUUGAAAGCUAAAAGCCAAAUCUUAGUUUGGGUUGCUUCUUAUGCUGUUUACCAAGAAGCAACUUGUUAAGUAGUUGUAGGGUAUCUUAUCUUUCUAUUUAGGUUCUGAAAAUGAUACAGUAUAUUCCUCCACCCCCUAGACCCUAGUUAAUAAAGUUUUCUUUGUCAUUGCUCCUUUGCAAUUUGCGUAUUUGGAAAAAAAGUAGGAAUAUUUUUCUCUGCCUUUGGUGAUUUUCUUAUAUUGAGAUGUAUAAGUACUUAUUUUUGAUUGUUUUCACCACCUUUACCUCAAUAGAUCUUUGUUGUGUUGCCUAGCAUGUGAGAUUUCAUGCUCUCCUUAAAAAAGCAUUUGUUACAUCUUGUUCCAGAAACAGAGACGUUACUAAUGUAGUGAUCACCUUUCCUCUCCUUUGAAUGGUUUUUUUUUCAUAUCCUAUAUUUGCUGUUUUGGACAAACUUCUACAGGAUGCAACCGCGAGGCUUAUCUGAUGUUCGCUUCUGACUCUGAAACUCAGGCGGAUACAACAUUUCUCGUAUUUGUAGUUCUUGUUUGAUGUCUUUGGUAACCUGAAAUUUUCUGUUUCCUCUGUGGUAUCUGUUUUUUUUCCAGAAUACAUUACCGGACUGAGAAGCAACUGAGUUUUGGAGUGGUAUUCUUAUUUUUGGCAUGCAUCAGCAAGUGAAACAAUCCUGAUGUAUUAGACAGAAUUUUCAUGCAGAUCCCUCUCGGAUGCAAUGUAAAAGUAUUUAUUUAUGGCUACUUGCUGAUGCUGCAACUUGUAAAUGGUAAAGCCAUGUAAGGUGACUAACAUGCUGUUCCCUCCUAUUGAUUGUAAAGCUAGGGAUUUGCCACACUAGUAUAUACAGUUAACUUUUGGCACCAAUUUUGUAUAAAAGGAGCAGUAUCAGAUAUCAUAUACCUGAAUGUUGGUUAGAGUUAGUGUGCUUUGCGUGUAAUGUACAUUCGUAUAAAUAGUUUAAGAUAUACUUCGUAUGA